UUUUGGGCAUGGUCUUGGAGUAGUACUAAAGGCUGAAAAACCCUUUUCUUUCGCCUUACGCCAAGGGUAAGGGGUGUGUAUAGGAGGUCAAAUUAAAUUUGCUGAAUGCUUUCUUAUUUAAAGUACCUACUGUAAUCUGUUCCUGUAACUAUUGUCUUUUAUACGUUUGGAUACGUUUCACUGCAACAACCAACGCUCCUCAUAUCAAAUACAAGAUGCUUCACACAGUGACUGGACCAGGGGCUCUGGCCUUUGCUGUGCAGUUGAAGGCCUUGACUGACCAGGAGUUCAGGUAUCAGCCCAAGCUGAGCGGGCUGAGGAUCAUUGAGACGGCCCAUGACAAUGGCCUGAGGAUGACCGCCCGGCUCAGGGAGUACGAGGUGAAGGACCUCCUGUCUCUGACCAGGUUCUUUGGCUUCAGCGCAGAGACCUUCUCCCUGGCCGUCAACCUGCUGGACCGCUUCCUGGCUGUAAUGAAGAUCCAGCCGAAGCACCUGUCAUGCGUGGGCCUGUCCUGUUUCUACAUUGCUGUGAAGACCACGGAGGAGAAGAAGAAUGUCCCCAUGGCCAACGAGCUGAUCCGGAUCAGCCAGAACCGCUUCACUGUGUCUGACAUGAUGAGGAUGGAGAAGAUCAUUCUGCAGAAACUCUACUGGAAGGUCAAAGCCCCCACAGCCCUAUACUUCCUCAGGCUGUUCUACAGCCGGAUACAGGACACGCUUGAAGAUGACUGCAAGGAGAUCAUGAACGUUGAGAGACUAGAAGCACAGCUGAAAGCCUGCCAUUGCUCUUUCACUUUCUCCAAAGUCAAGCCCUCUCUGCUUGCCCUGUCCUUGUUGGCCUUGGAGCUUCAGGGGCAGCAUGACCAUGAGCACAUAGACAAGCUGCUCAACACCUUCCAGUGUCUACAGCAGCAACUCGCUGUCCGAGAAGGAGACCUGGUUAUCGUGACAGAGUUGGUAAUGAAGUGUCUCAUUGAGUAUUCAACCACCAGGGUCUCCAGGCCCAACAGCCAGAGGCUUCGUUGGAUCCUCUCUGGCAGAACACAACGCACGUUGAAACACAGCUACUACAAGAUCGCCCAUAUGCCCACAAUCCCCGAGUCCGCCUACUGAACCCUGGGGCUGGGUGACCACUGAUACAAAAGUAGGAGUACACCGAUACAAAAGGAGAAGUAGGUUACCACCUCUUCUCCCCUAAAAACAUUUUGUUUUUCAGUUUAAAUGGGGGAGGAAAAAAAUUGCCUAAAAUCCCCCCCAAAACUACAACUUGUACUCUACUGUUGCUACGUGGUCACCUACCUCCAUCACUAACCCAUUUCCCUUACAGAACUGCAUUAUGGAUGAUGCAGUUCUUUAAGGGGAAAACCUGUAACAAACGUAUUUCCCCCUUGUUUUUUUGUUCUCAUGGUACUUUUUGAAUAAGCUCACUAUUUAUUAGCCUACAUCUGCUUCAUUGACUAAGUGUGCAUCUGAAAUGGCACCCUAUUCCCUAUAUAGUGCACUACUUUUGAUAAGAGCUGCUUUUGUUCUUUAAAAGGAAUAGGGUGCCAUUGAGAAGGCACACUAAGGGAGUAAUGCCCGGUCAAGAGUGGGUUUAUCCGCUGCCAUCUAGCGAAGGUUAAAUCCUUCCUGGUUGAAAUGCUUGCACGCGUGUAUACAGUAUGUUCUUAUCUGAAUCAGUACCAACAUGAAUACUCUGCAUAGUAUUCUAUCGUGGUUGCUGGUUUUAAGCAAUGAAGUAUAGAACCACCUAGGUCCUCAGUCCACUAUGUGGAAGAGGAGGGAGAAGGGUUUUGUGAAAAUGCAAAAACAAUGGAACCAAGAAAUCGGACCCAAAACCCUUAACUUCCACCCUAGGUUGAUGAACUGGCCUAAAAAUGCACACUCCUCUACCCAAGGUGAACGUUUCCUUUUUUACUAUUGAAAUAUUGAUGUUUUUUUUGUACUUGUGGAGGACGUUUGACGUUUCCUCGGUGGGGAGGUUUCCUCGGUGGGGAGGUUUCCUCGGUGGGGAGGUUUCCUCGGUGGGGAGGUUUCCUCGGUGGGGAGGUUUCCUCGGUGGGGAGGUUUCCUCGGUGGGGAGGUUUCCUCGGUGGGGAGGUUUCCUCGGUGGGGAGGUUUCCUCGGUGGGGAGGUUUCCUCGGUGGGGAGGUUUCCUCGGUGGGGAGGUUUCCUCGGUGGGGAGGUUUCCUCGGUGGGAGGUUUCCUCGGUGGGGAGGUUUCCUCGGUGGGGAGGUUUCCUCGGUGGGGAGGUUUCCUCGGUGGGGAGGUUUCCUCGGUGGGGAGGUUUCCUCGGUGGGGAGGUUUCCUCGGUGGGGAGGUUUCCUCGGUGGGGAGGUUUCCUCGGUGGGGAGGUUUCCUCGGUGGGGAGGUUUCCUCGGUGGGGAGGUUUCCUCGGUGGGGAGGUUUCCUCGGUGGGGAGGUUUCCUCGGUGGGGAGGUUUCCUCGGUGGGGAGGUUUCCUCGGUGGGGAGGUUUCCUCGGUGGGGAGGUUUCCUCGGUGGUGAUCCUGCACAUGCAUUGGUUUUUAGCUUGCAGGUUAGCAUGCUGAAACUGGCUGUGGAUGACAUGGUAUCCCACUAGGGUGCCAUUUUGGACACGACCGCUAUCUUCUAAUGUAAUGUUAACUAUUACUAACAACGAUCACGAUUACAUAAUGCGACGUUGAAUUACGUUGAUUUGUGGCAAAAUCUUAGCCUAUAGAAAACAACCAUUCGGAAAAUGCACUCUUAAGUCACUUAGGUAAGCACAGUAGAUAUAGGAAAUUAAGUUAGUUUGCGAUUUGCAUUUGCUAGACUAUUUGCAUUUGACCAUAGGCCCCACAAUUGAUCUGAAAAAUGAAGUUGUUCGUUAAAGAAUUUGAAGUUGAUGUUCUGGAAUUUGAAAACUUUUCCAUAAAAUUGGAUUUACACCACCUGUUCAACCCAUGUGUUUACACCUUUCAAUAAAACAAUAUUGAAAAGCUG